CCUCCAUGUGUUUGAUAGUUCUAUAUAUACCAAAUUUCAUUAUUUUCUUUCCAUACAUUCACGGCAAUACCCUUCCUCCAAUCUUCCAUAAUCACUUUUUCAUCUUCCUCACAAUUCAAUCUCCAAAUCCAUUUUGUAUUCUGCCCACACAGUUCUAUCUCUACUGUGCCAUUUUUCUUUCGUUUGUUAAUCGAUUCAUUAACACAUUGCCAUUGAAUGGAAAAGAAGGAUCUGGAUUUCAUACUAGUCCCUGCUGGUCUACUUUUGAUGUUGGUCUAUCAUUUCUGGCUCUUCUACCGAGUCAUCAAACACCCCACCAAAACAGUAAUUGGUGUUAAUGCAAUCAAUCGCCGUAUCUGGGUCCAGGCCAUGAUGGAGGAUGUAUCGAAGAAUGGGGUUCUAGCGGUGCAAUCAUUGAGAAACAACAUAAUGGCAUCGACCCUUUUGGCUUCCACAGCUAUAAUGUUGAGUUCCCUGAUUGCAGUGUUGAUGAGCGGUGGACAUGAGAAGAAAACGGUGGUAUCUGAGGUUUUUGGGGACAGGAGUGACCUUGGUUUGUCCAUAAAGUUUUUUUCCAUAUUGGUAUGUUUCUUGUUGGCAUUUCUGCUGAAUGUUCAGUCCAUAAGGUACUAUAGCCAUGCAAGUAUCCUUAUCAACGUGCCCUUCAAGAAAGUGACUCCAAAUGUGAGGCACCAAAUGCUGACAGCUGAGUAUGUUGCGACCACUGUGAACAGAGGCAGCUACUUCUGGUCACUUGGCUUGCGUGCCUUCUACUUUUCAUUCCCUCUGUUCAUGUGGCUCUUUGGACCAAUUCCAGUCUUCUGCACUUCCUUUGCUCUUGUUUUCAUGCUCUACUUCUUGGAUGUUACAUUUGAUUGUGGAUGUGCUGGGGUUCCUGACACUGACAUUGCUCAAGUUUUUCAAUUGAACAAACACCAUGUUGAUGUUGAUGUUGAAAUUGGAAGGGAUAAUUAGGUUGAUUUUUCUGUUUGUGCUUCAUUCUGUAACUUUGUUAGCUUGUGUAGGGUACUAAGAUAUGUGUAACAAUGCAACUUCUGCAAAAUACUGAAGAUUCAAGUUCAACUCAACAUGUAAACUUGAUCCGAAAACUCUUAUAAAUGGUUAUAAUUCAAUAGUGUUGG